AUGAUGUUGUUGGAUUCAACCGAGAAAGACCUUUCACUACAACCUCCCUUCCGGACAGAGCUUUUGAGGAGUGUCUCAAGGCAAGAUGGAGCAGAGCUGCUGAUCCCGCUUCUUCCUGCAACGUAUCGAGACCGAUACGUCGUCCGUCUCGUCAACGCUGAUGUACUUGCCUAUCUUAAGUCCGAGUUGGAUCUUAAAAGGCUGAACCGUGUCCACAACUGGCUUUGGAUUGUCGGUCUCCCAUCACCUCCUCGACCACUGCAUAUGCAACGCCUGAAAGGUCGAGAUAUUAUCGUCGCCGAACAACUGGAUCUUCACCUCGUCUGGUCGCCAACCCAAGUUUUCAUCAAGCCUUUGCCGCGAUUUCUUCUCUCCGCCCGUUUCUGGCAAUCCGAUAUUUGUCCCCACUACCAUCUGUACCAAACCGCGCUAGGGUUUUUACUGACAUACGUCGCGUUGAUAGAACGAGAGGUUGACUUUAAUCUAGCCGUCAGUCUCGGCCUGCUUCCAUCCGAACUCACGUGGCCGGGAUGGUUGUCCUUAGUCGAGGAGGUUGUUUUCACGUCGUCGGAAGCGAAUUCAUACUUCUCGGAUCCGGCCAGCCUCUCGCACUUAGAACCUCACGUGCCCGUCAACCCACGUUUCUACUACGGUGAACUCCGUUUAGGCCGUCUCAACUGGAUCUACCGUCUGCUUCUGGGCUCGCCCCGAGGGUACUUGAGCGGAUGCACGACAUACGGCGCGUUCAUUCGUGACAACGUAAACUCGCUAAUCACGCUCUUUGCGUACACGACCAUCGUGCUUUCAGCCAUGCAGGUGGGCCUGAGUACGAACUUGCUCGCGGAUAACUAUGGCUUCAGUAUGGCGUCGUAUGUCUUUUCCAUUUUUGCGAUCCUAGCGCCUCUGUCGGCAAUAUCGGCGAUCAUUUUCCUCUUCUUAAUUCUUUUCGUGGUUAACCUAGUACGAACUUUGGGGGUGCGGCAGAAGAGAAGGCGGCAGGGUGCAGGGGUAUGA